AAAAUCAAAACGGCCGCCGCCGCCUCGGCCGCCGCCGCCGCCGCCAUGGAGGACGCGGAGUCGCGCUUCCUGCACUUCUUGCAGCCCAUCCGGGACCUGACCAAGAACUGGGAGGUGGACGUGGCCACGCAGCUGGGGGAGUACCUGGAGGAGCUGGACCAGAUCUGCAUCUCCUUCGACGGCGGGAAGACCACCAUGAACUUCAUCGAAGCGGCGCUGCUCAUCCAGGGAUCCGCCUGCAUCUACAGCAAGAAGGUGGAGUAUCUUUACUCACUGGUGUACCAAGCCCUCGAUUUUAUCUCCAGUAAGAAGCGGGAGAAACAGCCCACGUCAGUCGGUGCGGAUGGGGCCGACGGGGAUGUCAGCGCCGGACCAGGAGCAGAAGAAGAAGAAGAGUUCCUCUCCUUGGACGACAUCCAGCAGGCCAGCAGAGCCAACAUGGACCUGAGGGACGACCAGCAGCACAACACGGUCCCCAUUGUUCCCCUGACCCCCAUGGCUCUGGUGCCCCCCGAAGAGUCGGAAAAGAAGGACAACCCCCUCUUUAGCCGGAAGGGAGAGCUGCUGGCCAGCAGGAAGGACUUCCGGAUGAACACCUGCACCCCCCACCACAACGGGCUCUUUGUCUUGGAACUGGCGGGGGUCUCGCCCACCCAGUGCCAAGAGGGCAGAGACGGCGGUUGGGGCCACGGCAACCCCAACGGUGUCCAGAGCCUGGCUCCAACAGCUGGCUCCAUGCCCAUGGAGGUCAGCGGGUGCGAGACCCCCGUUCUCGCUCUGGACUUCUCUGGAGAAGGAAUGAACCCCACUGAUGACCAUGAAGAUGGUGGUGAGGACUUUCUGCCAGACAUCCCAGAAGAGGGUCAAGAGGUCCCCUGCGCCGGAGCAGAGGAAGACGUCGCGCAUCAGACGAGCGCCCCCCAGAGCAAAGGGUACGCAUUGCGGGAGAGACUCCCUGCCCUGGAUGCCAAUCCCCACCUCAAGGACACGGGGGACCCCUGGCGCGGCCUCGACCCCUUCAGCUCCUCGGAAGACAAACCCUUGAAGAAAGGGAGACCCUUCACCGUGCCCCGCGGCCUGGAAGAUUUGUCCGGUGCCAAACGCAAGAGACGUCCGUCCUCCAAGCUGGAAGAUUUUGUGUCGUGGUUUUCGUCCUCCGAGCCCGACCAGGCUGGCAGCCAGAGAAGCCGCUGGAAAGGCUCCACGUUCGCUGACCUGGAGGUCCUGUAUUGGAGGAACGUGAAGGAGCGCCUGGCGGCCCAGAGGAAGCUGCAGAAGAGGAUGCUUUUUCCCCCCUUGAACCAGCGUCCGCAUCUGGGGUUGCAGUUCGGAGAGCUUGGCGCUCUGGAGAUGGACCGGGAGGAGGAGAACUUCGAUGCUGCGGCUGCUGCCGACGAUGGGCCAGAGGACUUUGUGGCGGAUGAGGAGAUCCCCCCGUUGGAAGCCUCCGAAGGGAUGCCAGACGGCGUGGCAGAUCCUGGGGAAAUCCCCUCUUCCCUGAGCUACGAGGAGCUGGUCAGCAGGAACGUGGAGCUCUUCAUGGCCCACUCCCAGAAGUACGCCCGGGAGACGGUGCUGUCCCAGCGGGUCCGCGACUGGGAGGAGAUGAUGGUCCCGCAGCUGGAGGAACAGGAAGCCCGCGCCGCCUUCGACAUCCACAGCUACGGAGACCAGCUGGUGUCCCGGUUCAGCCGCGUGGGCGAGUGGCAUUCGUUUGCCAGCCUGCUGGCAGGGCAGCCGGCCUUCGAGGUCUGCCGGGCCAUGUUGGCCUCCCUGCAACUGGCCAACGACUACACCGUGGAAGUCUCCCAGGGGCCAGGCCUGGAAGAGGCCGUCGACACCAUGGCGCUGCGCCUCCUGAGCCAGGAAAGGGCCCAUCAGCGCUUUCACACGUACACGGCUCCCUCGCUCAGCAAGCAGUGACGCCCCUCUCGCCUCCUCUGCGCUGUGCCUCCUAUUUGUGUACAUAUGUCCAUAUAUAUGUAUAUAUUUGCUUGUAUGUAAAUGUAUGAAAUUUGUAUAGCUUUAUCCUGCCCUUACAUACUCCCCAUCCCCUCCAAGUGUUUCAGCAACGGGCCCUUUCCCCUAAUAAAAGGUGCCUUGUAGAGACGCAA